CCAACAAGUCCUCUCACGCACCCGCCUGGACAGAGGGGAUACCGGGGACGCGCAUCAAGCCUUCCUGACGCUCCACCGAAGACUGAACGGUGAAGGACGAUUUACCGGCAUUUUGAUCGAGUCAAAGCAGGUGAUGGCGGUGUCGGUCUGCAGAGAUCUGACGGUGCAGGUGAUGGAGGAUGUGAACACAGUGAAGCUGACGGACCGACAGCAGGAGAUGAGGGCCGCCAUCCAGAGAGGAGAGCCCAAAUGUCUCGGGGUGAGUCAGGUGAUGCUGGGUGUGAUGGUGAUAUCCUACUCCAUUCCUCUGCACCUUGUUGAGUUCACCGACGUGGUCGCCCUGGGUGUUCCUUGGUGGAGCGGCCUGAUGUUCAUCACAGCAGGAGUGGUUGCCAUCAUCCUGGACAAACACUGCACCAUGAAGUUUCUGCAGGUGUGUUUGAUGGUCAGCGCGGGGAGUUUGGUGCUGUCGAUGGUGGCUGUGAUCAUCUACUCCGUGGACAUGGACAAGAAUCCAGAGGUUCCCUGUCAGAAGAUGUUCCACGGCAACUGUGAUGACAAACACUUUGCCACGAAGCUGAGCAGAGGACUCAAGUCAUCCCUCCUCGUCUUCACGUUGACCCAGACGGCCAUCUCUGCCAUCAUAUGCUUCCUUCUCUUCAGGCAGCGACGCAGCUUUGGACCAUACACUUCCCUGACUCAUGCGUCUCCACCGAGCCCGACAGCUCUCACACCACCUGACCUGAACUGACCAAUCACUGGACAAGAAGUCAGCAACCUGAUCAGCUGUUUAUAUCUGUGAAUUAUUGAUCAUUGGACAUGUUGGCGGCAGCUUUUCCAUCAGUCUCUGUCCAGGCCUUCCAAAUCUGUUCUUUUCAGCAUCAUGACUCAAACUGAAGAACACCAGAGCUGAAAUACAGGAAGAAA